UACUAGUAGUGCAAAAUUGUCGUGACGAAUAGCUCAGUAUCAAACAAAACUUCACACCAGAAACAUGAGUUUCAAGAAUAAAGUAGUUAUAGUGACGGGCGCUAGUUCCGGUAUAGGGGCAGCGGCUGCGGUCGCGUUCAGCGCUGCUGGAGCGCGUGUUGUCAUGGUUGGCCGUGACAACACCAAGCUUAAAGCGGUGGCGGCGAAAUGCACCAACCCUCUCGUGAUCAUCGCCGACGUUUCCGAAGAUGACGACGCUAGACGUAUCGUAGAUGAAACAAUAAAGAAAUUCGGCCAGUUGGACGUCCUUGUCAACAACGCUGGCUUGUCAGUUAUGGCCAGUCUUCUUGAAGGUGACAUGAUGAAGUCUUACGAUACAGUUAUGAGCGUAAACCUUCGUGCCGCCGUUUACUUGACUAACUUGGCUGCGCCGCAUCUGGUGAAGACUAAGGGGAACGUUGUCAAUAUUUCCAGUGUCGCUGGUUAUUUGCCACCAUUUACACCACCUUCGAUAAAUUAUUGUGUUUCCAAAGCCGCCUUGAACCACUUUACUGUAUGUGCUGCUACAGAAUUGGGACCGCACGGUGUAAGAGUAAACGGGAUCUGCCCGGGACCGGUCAAAACCGACUUUUUUGCGAACGCUAAAUACCCUGACACAUGGGAUGAUUUAUCGAAGAUAACAAAGCUUGGUAAAGUUUGUGAAGCGAACGAAGUAGCAGAUUUGAUUAUGUACCUGGCCAGUGAUAAAGCCAAGUCGAUUACAGGAUCCAAUCACGUCAUAGACUGCGGCACAAUGCUUAAACGCGCUUAAUUAAAAAUGUGUACUCAAAUUAAAUAACUAAAGCUAAUUUUUUUUUAUAAAACAUACUAUGUAUUCAAAUGUAUGUAAUUUGUUAUUAGGUUAUUUUUAUUAUUAUCAUAAUUUGUAUAUUAAAACUUUUAAUUACGAAAGACUUUUAUUAAAACCGUUAUGCAUAGUAA